CUUUAUUGUUGCUUCUUUAAAGUUAUCAGGUUUCGGUUUAACUUAUCUUGUAUGCAUUUCCAUUAUUUGCAGUUCAAUUCUACAUAGAUAAGACUUUUAAUUUUUUUUUCUUGAAGGAGAGUUUAUUGAAAGUAUAAAAUUUCGUUUCUUAUUUUAUUCGUGAUUUUGAUGUUAUAACUGGAUACUUAUGGAGCGGUAAAUUUUUACGACUUUGCAUUAUUCACGGAAAUAUAUUCAUCAGAUUUUUAUGAAAAUGAAUUCUACCGCUUACAAAGACGCAUAUUCUUCAUAUAGAAAAUUAUUUAUUCGUGAUGUAGUUAAGAAAGCAUCAGAUGAAAAACCGACCAGUUCUGACUCCAGGUUUAUAAUGAAAGCUCAUGUGAUGGGUCUUAUUAUAAGUAUGAAAAAAUAUCAGCAGCGGACUAUAUUCUGUGUGGACGAUGGAACUGGUCAACUUGAAUGUGUCUUGUGGCAUAAUGAAUCUGCCUUACUCACUAGGAUUAGUGAUCUUAAAAAAGCAUUAGGUACUGGCACAUUAUGUGAUGAAAGUGGUUUGUUAAUUUCCUUGUUAAACAAAGUAGAAUUAAACGAGAUUGAUACAGAAGAAAAGUACAAGCCUGGAAACAUGAUAGCUGUCUUGGGAAUUUUAAAAACAUUUAGAGGGAAACUUGAACUGAAUAUUCGUCAUCAUUUUAUUGCCGCACAUCAAGUUUCUGCAUCAAACCAAGUGAUGAGCGGGAGUCACCUCUUCAGUUGCAGCAUCAAAUUACAUUGUUUAGUGAGAGUCACCUCUCAAGCUGCAGCACCAAAUCACAUGAUUUAAAUUGAUGAUCUAUAAUCCGGAAAAACCCCUUAUCCAGAAUCACUGAAGUCCAGACGAGUCUGGAAUGAAGACUUUGUACUGUACCACAAUUGCAGUGGAUCUUAGUUUCCGUGAGUUACAAGUUAAGGUGAUGAUUCUUAUAACUGUUUCUCUAAUUUAAUGUACAAAUGAUGAGCUAGAUUUAUGUUUAGCAAACUUGGUGAUGUAGCUGUAAUGUGUUUUCAUUCUUAUCCUUUUGAAACCUUUACCUGACUUUGUGUCCGAUUUAAGAUGUUCUGUGACAAAAAAAAAAAAAAAAAAA